AUGGAAUCGCCGCGAGAAGACAACUGGUCAAUUGGUGUGUUUGUCUACUACAUUUACGUCAACAUAUCCGCACCGAUCAUCGUAGCAUUCCUAGUGAUCGGCCAAGCAAAAUCGAAGGCCGCAACGAAUUGCAUGAACAGAAUCGGCAGGGUGACUAAAACGAUGAGUAAAGUGGGAAUCCCAGAUGAUUAUGCCGCGACGAUGAAAUAUCAAUUGAUUGCGAUCUGCGGAUCUGUACUCUUUUUCAUCACAAUUUUUACUUUGGAAAGCAAGAUCCACGAUUAUCGUAAAUCUGGCGUCUCGACGACAGUCGGAUACAUGGGCAGAAUGUUUUAUGUAACGGUCACCACAUUUCUCGUUGACUACACAUUUGUCGACUACGUUCGGUACCUUGGAAAACGUUUUCUCCGCCUCAACGAAUACUUAAUCAAGUUCAGUGUGGUAGGACAAAAAGCAAAGUCACUUUUUCAAAUUUUGGAUUACGAUGUCGUCACCUCGCACCUGUUCCGCACCCCACUAGCGGACAAGACGAAAAUAAUGCGCAUCGUGAGGAUGUCCAGGCAACUACACGCCGAAUUAUGCGCUAUUGCAACGGAGCUGACAUCAGUCUUCGGCGUGCAGAUUCUUCUUUCCUUUAUCUUGGGCCUUUGGAUCAUAAUCCUCCUAUUUUUUAACAUUUUCAAUUCACUGGUACCACAGGAGGUUCUGGGCGGACGCACGUUGAAUAUCGCUACAAUGUUCUGUUGGGCUAGCUUUGCCCUGACGAGAAUCACCCUAAUCGUUUCCAACUGUGCGUGGACGUCUGAUGAGGCGCGGAGAACCGGAGAACUCAUCUACGAGCUAGUGGAUUCUACGACUUCUAUCGAAUUCAAGGAAGAGAUUCAUGGUUUCUCGCUUCAACUCAUCCAGAAUCCCUUGCGGUUUACAGCGAGCUCCUUUUUCACCCUCGACUAUAGCUUUAUUCGCACGAUUAUUGGAACGGUGACGACAUAUGUUGUCAUUAUGGUCCAGACUCGCAAUAUCGAGAGUUCAAGAGGUGAUGAAAGAUGUGCUUCGGCUGUACUCGGAAAUGGAACCAGUUGUUCAAACUAAUCGUGAAAAUCAAUAUACAUAUGUAGUAUAUAGA